CCCACACAGAGAGAGUUAGUCACUCAUGCUGGCUACUUGAGCGUCCCUCUCCUUCAGUCCACAUAUAGUCGACUACGCAUUCUCCGUGCCCUCCAUGCUGAAAUUCAACCGUAGCAAGAUGAGCACAACGUGACAGUCUAGUCCAGGAGCCAGAUGCAGCAGUAGAUCGACUCCCAAAAUGCCUGCAUCACGACCGCAAGCUUCAUUUGAGCCCAUAUCGCCUCACUAUGAUCUUCACUCGCUCGUCGAAAACAAUAAGAACUUUGAAUAUGCAGCUCGAAUCUCUAUGGACAAGAUUGAAGAGGGAGGUUUAGCAAUGUUCGAGAGGCUUGUGUCGUUACAUGUCAUCCAGGGAGGCAAACCGCUUGUAAUUGACGGGUUACAGAAUCGAUUUGACCCAUGGCUCUUUACGACAAAAUGGCUAAUUGCGAACCAUGGUUCAAAGCAGGAGAAUGCAUGGAAUCUCACAACUCAGGAGAACAUCCCCGUCACGAUCGGACAUUAUCUGAAGAAUAUGGCGAAGCUCGCGAAUCAAUUUUUCGAGCGGCCAGAUAGUUACAAAGACAAGAAGUCCCAACGUGUUUACUUAAAAGAUAUCGAUUGUCCCCCUGUAUGGCAGGAGCAGUUACGUGAACACAUACCUCAGAUUCUGUUUUAUUGGAAUGAUGGUACGGGGGAAUUGGGCGGUGCCGGGGCCCUAGAUGAAGACAUACCAGGCGUCGGGCGCAGGAAAGGCAGAGGAAUUGCGCCAUCAGGCGAUUUGAUGUCCUCUUUGCCGCAAGCCAUGCGCGCAGAAAACCUCAUGUGCUAUAUUGGUCAUGAGGGUACAUAUACACCCGCCCACAAGGAGAUGUGCGCAUCGCUUGGCCACAACAUUAUGGUCAACACUUCCUCGACUUUUGAUGAGGAUGGCCAGCCUGAAAAACCGGGCUCGUCCAUUUGGUUCAUGACAGAGACCAAAGACCGGCACAUUGUGUCUGAGUAUUGGCUGACCGUGCUUGGCCAUGAUAUAGAGAUUGAAAAGCACUUUGCCCAGGUGGCUGCCUGGCGGAAUGCACCAUUUAAGGUGUAUGUUGUCGAGCAGCGUGUCGGUGACUUCAUUCUUAUCCCUCCUCUAGCAGCGCAUCAAGUAUGGAACCGUGGAACCCGCACCAUGAAAGUUGCAUGGAAUCGCACGACUGUGGAGACACUUGAAAUGGCCCUAAACGAGGCACUUCCGAACGCACGAAUGGUAUGCCGAGACGAGCAGUACAAAAACAAAGCAAUAGUUUACUACACCCUCCAAAAAUACUCACGACUUCUUUCUCAGGCCCGCCUUCUCUCUAUGCGCUCCGCACACGAAAGCAAAGCCAUUGGUGCUUCCUGCAAGGUGCGCCAGGUCCAAAAGGAUUUUCGACGGCUUUUCGAGUUAUUCAAAAAAAUAAUGCUUUCUGAAUCGUUCGGUCCAAGUACGCUCUCUAACGACAGCCAGCCUGAAUUCUUGGAAUACGAUUCAAAUGUGGCAUGCUCUUAUUGCAGGGGAAAUAUAUUCAACCGCUUCCUCACUUGUAAGACGUGCGUGGAUUUUUUCAAUACCGGGAUAGACGAGCCAUACGAUCUUUGCAUGGAUUGUUUUGUCAUGGGACGUUGCUGUAGGUGCCAGAGCAAAUACAAGUGGGUAGAGCAGUGGCACUGGAAAAAUCUGCUUGCGGAGUAUGAAGAGUGGAGGCAUCAGAUCUUGGAAAUGGAUUGCUUACCGACUGACAAGAUUCCAUUGCCACUAGAAGAGGAAAGGAAACUAUUGCAAAAGAAGACCCUUGCGCAAGUCUGCAACGAGCAACUUGAAAUUCGCCCUUGGGUCGACAUCAAGAAGAAGAAGAGAAGAAAGGGCAGUGGGGAACAACUCGACGAUGAACUCGAGCUGAAUAAAAACGGCACCAUGCAGAAAACAAGGAAGAAGACAUCGAACAACACAAAGAACUGUCACUCAUGCCGCCAUCACCAUCCGAAGUGGAUGAUGACUGAGUGUACCAUGUGCGAGCGUGGUUGGUGCUAUGGCGUUCUCUGGCGCGCGUACGACAUGCACCCUUUAUCCGUGAUGGAGGAUCUACGAUGGGAGUGUCCACAUUGCCAACGUAUAUGCUCAGCAGGAGCGUGUCGCAAAAGUCCACGGCAAUCCCCGUAUGAGCUGAAAGGUACUCUAUUGGGACACGAUACGCGCAAAGUGGCAGAUGUGAGGAGUAUUGAAUGCUUGGUUGACUUCGAGAAAGCAAAUCUGAAUCAUCUGGGAGUGGGCGUUGACAGGCAUUUAAGCAAUACUGAGAUGAGAUUGCUGAGACCCCAGUGGGAGACGGAGUUGGCGAGGCACAAAGGGAUGGAAAAAAGUUGUUGGGAUGAAUAUAACGAUCAUUUACCAUACGGAGACGACGAUUUUGAUUCGACUAUAGGGGAAGUCUCCGUACCAGAUCGGAAGGUGAGCACCACGCGAUCCAGCGAUACAUUUAUGGCGAUUGGACAUGAAGAGUCUCUCCAUUAUGGCGGAGGUAACGAUAAUAGCAACGGCUACCGGAAUCCUGCUGCUGCUAUGCUUCGAACUGUGAAGGUAGCCACUUCAGCUAUCUCGCCUGUCUCCAACUUCUCUAAAACAAAGCGACAUAAUAACGGCGAUGGAGAUUUCGUGGAACAGAUCAAACUUGUUACAUCAAAGAAACUCGAGGUCGCGGAUAAGGAACGAUCUUUGGCCAAAAAUAAGGCAAACUGGCAGUAUUUGCUUCCACACGAGAACAGUCGACUUGAGCAAGCCCGGAGAGAGGGACGGUAUAUUCAAGUCCUAGCAUCGCUCAAGGGACUCGAGUGCGUUGUCAAGUUAACUGUCAAUGGCGAGAAAUUACGAGAGAUUGUCGAGCGACCAUCGACAACCAAUAGGGUCAGAAGUUCUCACAAAGAAUCUGCGACAAGUAUGGUGCUACAGUCUAAUAUUUCACUAAAUGUGGCGGCGCCGAGCACAUAUGCUAGGAAUGACGAGCCCAAUUCUACUAAAAAGUUCAAAAUACGCGAUGAUGAUGAUGAUGAUGAUCAUGAUGAUGCCUUCGAUGGUGCUUGUCGGAGAAGAGCAAAGAAGAACCAAAGAUAUGAAGAAAUAGAUAUUGAUUCUGAGGACGAAGACAAAGACAACGAAAGCCAAUACCAUCUAUCUGUUGAGUCGCGCUCGAAACAUUGGACACGCAAACAUCGAAAUGCCGGCGAUGAAGAACUUUCAAACGAGUUACUCAGCACUACCAAAAACAGUAGUUCAAAACGACAGAAGAGGAAAUGUGGCAAGAAACAGUCAGUAAGACGCAAAAAAAUGCCGUUUGUAACGGAGUCACUGAAGAUCAGAUCACCAAUUCGUGCAAGCCCUGGUGGCAUUUCGACGUUAGAGAUUGGCAGGAGACACAAAAACCCUUCAAAAGCUGAGGCAGAAGCAAGUAAUAUUGAGCUCGCAAGAGCAGCCAUGAAGAUGCAUGAAAAUCUUUAUGAGAAGCUAAGAGAUUGCUGAGGUACAUGGCCAUAGUGAAGACGGGAGCGGGGACAAGAGCGCGG